AUGUCUGCUUACACGCCGCCGCCGAGCAGCCUGGCGGGCCCCGCGCUGGACCAGUGCGCGCAGCUGGCGUGGCCCGAGGCGGCCGGCGCGGCGGUGAUCAUUCUGGCCUUUGCCACGGCGCUGCCGCCCGACUGGCUGCUCGGGCCGUCGGCCGCCAAGUUCGACUUCCCGCUGGUGCUGCUGGGGCUCGGGCAGCAGCUGGGCGGCAUGGGCAACGCGGUGCGAGAGAAGUUCUACGCGGUUGCGCGCGCCGCGGCGCUGCUCCGCCGACUGGCCCCUCGCGCGGCCGUCAUUGUCGUCGACGCGUGGGACACGAUGGUCGUCAACGGAGUCACGGCCUCGACGGAGACGCUGCUGCGCCGCGUCAGUCGCGGCGAUCGGCAGCUCCUCAGCGGCGAGUGCAACUCGUGGCCGCGGUGCUACCGCCCGCUGCUCGCCGCCGACGAUGCUGGCCGCCGGUGCCUGGGUCAGCCGGGCGCCUUGUGCUUUGGUAAUUCGGGCGCGUACGCGGCGAGCGCAGCGGCUCUCGUGGAUGCGCUCUUGCCCGCCAGCGUGCGCGAGCUGCGCGGCGAGGGCGUG